AUGGACACGACGAGCAUGAUUUAUCGCACGCUGGUCGUGGGUCAACCUGUACAACCCCCGGAUGGCGGCUGGGGCUGGAUGGUGGUGCUGGCAGGCUUUGUGUGCCACGUGGUGGUCGACGGCAUAAUCUACUCGUCCGGGGUCUUCUUUGACGAAUUUCUCAGCUACUUCGGCGAGGGCCACGCGCUCACCUCCUGGAUCGCCUCCAUCCUCAUGGGCUCCUACUUCAUCUCCAGCCCGAUUGCAAGUGGCUUGACCAUCCAGUAUGGCUGCCGGACGACGGUCAUCACGGGCUCGCUCCUGUCCGCGGUUGGCCUCUUCCUUAGCAUCUACGCGCCAAAUAUCCUCUACCUGUACUUUUCCUUCGGGCUCGUGGCCGGAACGGGAUUCGGCCUCAUCCUGCUGCCGGCCGUGGUUGUCACUUACUUCGAUAGGCGUAGGUCGCUGGCCACGGGCGUGACGGUUUGCGGCUCCGGCGUGGGCACCUUCGUGCUGGCACCGCUCGUCCAGCUCCUGAUCCGCCUGUACGGCUGGAAAGGCACGCUCAUCGUGUGCUCAGGGCUCUCGCUCCAGGGCGUAGUGGCGGGCCUCCUGAUGCGGCCGGUGCAACCAGCGUUGCCCCUCGCAUCCCAGGAGCCCUCGUCAUCGUACAAGCCCGCGGAGCGGUCAUCGACGCUUUCGAGGCACCUGGCCGUAUACGAGUUGCCCGUUCGCACUCCUUCAACGGACGCGGGCGUGCAGCUGCAAAGGGUGGGCGAAGGAGCCGAGAGUUUCCAUACGCACGUGAGGCUCCGCAAGGACCUGUUCUACGCGGGCUCGCUGCCGGAGGAACAGCGGCAGCCCGUCAUGUCUGUCUUCGCCACCGACAGCAGUCUGCUUGACUCCCCGGACCACUGUCACGUAAUCACCCUCGUCGACAACCGGAACUUUCUCUGCAGGAUGCUUUUCUCGUACCAGAUGACGGCCGCAUUCUACGAGAUGCUCGACUUCCGUCUAUUCGGCGACCGGGUCUACAUGGCCUUCGCCUUGUCCCGCUUUCUUUGCGGCCUGGGGUACAGCGUGCCCUACCUGUUCCUGUCUAGCAUGGCCGUCGAACUGCUUGCUGUCACCGGGGCAGAGGGAAGCUUCCUGGUGUCCCUGAUCGGCCUGAGCAACGUAUUGGGCCGCGUGCUGGUGGGCGUGGCGUCAGACAGCGUGGGCCGAGGCUGCCUCUGGCUGUACAUGGCCUGCGUCGUGACGUGCGGCCUGUCCACCGUCCUCUGCGUCAUGUGCACCUCGUACUCCUGCCUGAUAGUCUACACGGCCGUGUACGGGGCCGCUGGUGGGGGCUUCAUCACGCUCAGCUCGAUUGUGGUCGUUGAUCUGGUCGGACUCGACAACCUCACUAACGCGUACGGCUUGAGUCUGCUCUGCAUUGCAGUGGCUGCCCUUGUCGGACCGCCAUUUAACGGUCUAAUCCAUGACGUGUUUGAGUCAUAUAUGCCGGGCUUUCUGUUGGCUGGAGUCAGCCUCUACGUGGCGGGCGUGACCCUGCUUGCGGUGCCUUACCUGCAGAGUGGCCGCAGGCGCCGUGGCAGACACGUCAUUUUUCACUCGAAUGCCUGA